GAGCGGGCGGCGGGCGAUGGGCGAGGGCGCGCUGGCCCCGGGCCUGCAGCUGCUGCUCCGCGCCUGCGAGCAGGGCGACACCGACACCGCGCGGCGCCUGCUGGAGCCCGGCGCCGAGCCGGCCGUGGGACCCGAGGCGGGAGCGGAGCAGGCAGGGCCCGAGGCGGCCCGGGUGGCGGAGGCCGGAGCGCCGGUGCCGGUGGACUGCUCGGAUGAGGCGGGCAACUCGGCGCUGCAGCUGGCGGCGGCCGGUGGCCACGAGCCACUCGUGCGGUUCCUGCUGCGCCGCGGAGCCUCGGUCAACAGCCGCAACCACUACGGCUGGAGCGCUCUCAUGCAGGCGGCCAGGUGUGGGCAUGCGAGCGUGGCACACCUCCUUUUGGAUCAUGGGGCUGAUGUCAACGCUCAGAAUCGCCUAGGUGCCAGUGUGCUCACUGUGGCUUCCCGGGGCGGCCACCUAGGUGUGGUGAAGCUGCUGCUGGAAGCGGGUGCCGUUGUGGACCCCCACAACCCCUCUGGCGAGUCGCCAGCAAUGGGAGGCAGCAGGGAUGAACUGCUGGGCAUCACAGCCCUGAUGGCUGCCGUGCAGCAUGGGCACGAGGCUGUGGUACGCUUGCUGAUGGAAUGGGGUGCGGACCCCAACCACGCAGCUCGGACCGUGGGCUGGAGCCCUCUGAUGCUGGCAGCCCUCCUUGGGAAGCUCAGUGUGGCACAGCAGCUGGUUGAGAAGGGAGCCAACCCCGACCACCUCAGUGUGCUGGAGAAGACGGCCUUCGAGGUUGCCCUUGACUGCAAGCACAGGGAUCUGGCUGACUACCUGGACCCCCUGACCACGGUCAGGCCGAAAACAGAUGAGGAGAAGAGUCGACCUGACAUUUUCCACGCACUGAAGAUGGGAAACUUCCAGCUGGUCAAGGAGAUUGCUGAUGAAGACCCCAACCACGUGAACCUGGUCAACAGUGACGGGGCGACCCCGCUGAUGCUGGCGGCUGUCACAGGGCAGUUGCCCUUGGUACAGCUGCUGGUGGAGAAACAUGCAGACAUGGACAAGCAGGACAGUGUUCACGGCUGGACAGCCCUCAUGCAGGCCACCUACCACGGAAAUAAGGAAAUUGUCAAGUAUCUGCUAAAUCAAGGGGCUGAUGUUGCUCUUCGGGCCAAAAAUGGGUACACGGCCUUUGACCUGGUGAUGCUGCUGAACGAUCCUGACACUGAACUUGUUCGACUGCUGGCAUCUGUGUGCAUGCAGGUGAAUAAGGACCGAGGCCGGGCCAGCCACCGACCACCCCUGCCCCACUCGAAGGCCAGGCAACCCUGGAGCAUCCCCAUGCUGCCCGAUGACAAGGGAGGCCUGAAGUCCUGGUGGAGCCGAAUGUCCAACAGGUUCCGAAAGCUCAAACUUAUGCAGACACUGCCACGUGGACUGGCUGCCAACCAGCCUCUGCCUUUCUCUGAUGAGCCUGAGCUGGCGCUGGACUCCACCAUGCGGGCACCCCCCCAGGACAGGACUAGCCACCUUGGGCCACCUGAGGCAGCCCAUGUGACCAAAGAGAGUGGUCCUGGGAGCCCAAGAAGAGAGAAGGAAGAUGUGUUACUGACAACCAUGCUACGGAAUGGAGCUCCCUUCCCCCGGCUCCCCAGUGACAAGCUGAAGGCCGUCAUCCCCCCCUUCCUGCCUCCGUCCAGCUUUGAGCUGUGGAGCUCUGGCAGGUCCCGCAUGUGUCGCAAUGGGAAGGCAGACCCCACAAAGACUGUGCUGCCCCCAAGAACCAGCAGAGCCCACCUUGUGGGCACAGACACCGCUGCUGGCAGGCCAGUGAAAUUCCCCAGCAUCUCCCGAAGCCCCACCUCCCCUGCCAGCUCUGGGAACUUCAACCACUCACCUCAUUCCUCAGGAGGUGCCAGUGGUGUUGGGGGCAUGAGCAGGCUGGGUGGGGAGCUGCAUAACCGCUCAGGUGGCAGCGUAGACAGUGUCUUGUCCCAGAUCGCUGCUCAGAGGAAAAAGGCAGCUGGAUUGUCUGAGCAGAAGCCCAGCCAGCGGUCCAGUCCUGUGGGGCCAGCGCCCGGCUCCAGCCCGCCUGAGCUGCCAGCCUCCCUCGUGGGCAGUGGUGGUGGCUCUGCCAGUGGCACUUCCAGCAGCAAGAAACUGGACCCCAGCAAGCGGCCUCCAUCUGGAACUUCUGCUACCUCUAAAAGCACGUCCCCUACCCUCACACCCUCGCCCUCUCCCAAAGGCCACGCUGCGGAAUCCUCGGUGUCUUCCUCGUCAUCCCAUCGGCAGUCAAGGAGCAGUGGGGGCUCCAGCAGUGGGACCAUCACAGACGAGGAUGAGCUGACUGGAAUCCUUAAGAAGUUAUCACUUGAGAAAUACCAGCCCAUCUUCGAGGAGCAAGAGGUGGACAUGGAAGCCUUCCUCACGCUCACUGACGGUGACCUGCAGGAGCUGGGUAUUAAGACGGAUGGUUCCCGGCAGCAGAUUCUGGCCGCCAUCUCCGAGCUGAAUGCAGGCAAGGGGCGUGAGAGGCAGAUUCUACAGGAAACGAUCCACAGCUUCCACUCUUCCUUUGAGAGCAGUGCCAGCAACACCAGGGCCCCCGGCAACAGCCCCUCCAUGGCUGGAUGGGCAAGGCCGGAAGAAGCAGUGUCGAGUAAGAGGUAGCUGCAGCUUGAUGGCUCUGCUGGCACCGGAGCCCUGGGGCGUCAAGGUGGAGCAGUGAAGCUGCCCUUCCGUUGUGUCUGCCCCUGGGUUAUUUCCUCCCAGAACUCACAGCAAGUGGACAGAAAGAAGGCUGGCCAGCCAGAUCAUCAGAGCUGCAGCCUGAUGCAGCCUGGGAAGCCCCUCUCUUGGCUAAUGCUUUGGAGAGGCCUGAAAAUGUACAGGUCGAGAUGGAGUCCACAUGGCUGCAGAUAAGAACCCUAACCUCUGCAUCCAAGAAGGUGCUGCCUUCAAGGCCUUGGGACCCUUCCAGAAAAGAUGCUACAUACAGGUGAACCCCUGCAGAAGGCGUGGUGAAGCACCCCGCUGUGGCUCUCCUUGUUCGUUUUUAAGCAAUCACCAGUGAGUGAGCGGGUCCUGUUCAACAUGUGAAGAAGCCUAAUGCUGUCCCUAAUGAAGUUGGUGCCAGAUUCUGCAGGAUGCCAGGGAGAGUGCCGAGACCCUUGGGAUUCCCACUCACUUUCUGGUUCCUUCCGGAGGGCUGGCCAGGCUCCCCCUGCUCUUGGGGCACUGCUCUCCAGGAACAGACUUGGACACACCUGUGGUUGUAGCACAGCUGAGAGCACAAUGUCGGUGAGGUGAAGCUACAGGAGAAGCUGUGGAGGAGGAGCAUCCAGGAGAGUGCCAAGCCCUUCCCCUGUCUUCAGCUACUCUGGCCCCAUCGGAGUGCAGCCAGAUCACCUCAAAGCGGGGUCCUGUUUCCCACGGGAGCCUCCCCCCCCAAGACCAAUAGACACAGCCCCAGCCAUCUUCAUCAGGAUACCCCGGUGGCAGGGCUGGAGUGUUACUUUGUCCCAAGCCACUCUAGGGUGGCUGCACCCCCUGGUCAGAGAUCAUGACACCGUUGUGUUUCAGCCCUGCGGUUGGUUUCCGUUUUCUUCACAUCAGAUUUACAUUAUUUCUACGUAGAGACUUGAUUCUUGGAAAGACUUUUUGCUUGCCGAACUGCAUAUAUUAAAAAUGGGGAAUGUG